AUGUCUCGCCUCGGUUACCUCCUCCUGUCCCUGGCAGCCGCCGCCGGCGCCGCCUCUGCCCCCAGCAUCAAAUCCGUCUCCCACAGCGGCCCGGCCUGUCCCCAAGACGCUAGAGUGACCUGGUCCGGCGACCUUGACGACCUCACCAUCACUCUGCCCGACUUCGGAGAGACCCUCGCCGCGGGCCAGAUGACGAGCUGUCAGGUCCACGUGCUCGUGGACGGCGGCGAGACCGGGCGAGCGCUGGUCCUGCAGGACGUCGUCGUUCGCGGUGGGCUGUACCUCAGCGCCAACGCCAAAGCGGACUUCUACACGACAGCAUAUUGGUCAGAAUCGGCUUCUGAUGUGAUCACCAAGUCCACAAGCACUGCGUCCGGCCCAGGUGCCGUCGCGCUGAACGUGGCAGUUUCUCAGCAGGUGAGCACGCCGUCGACUUGCGUCGGGGCCGAUGGGUACGUGGGGAUUCUUAACGUCACGUUCCGCAUCAUCUCGAAGGCCGGCAGCCGGAUCAUCUUCGGUAGAGAGCACAGGGAAGGCGGGACGUUCCCGGUCACGGAAGAGUUCACGUUCAAGUGGCAGGGCUGUUAG